AAGCUAGCUCAGCCCUAUAAUAUUUAUUUUUAACACCCUAUAUUUUCUUAUUUAUUUGCCUUUUUUCUUAGAGAAGUUAAUUCAUUGCCCUUACACUGUGAAAAAUGUUAAGGCGAUAAUUACUAGCAUAAAUGAUUGAAACUAGAAAGUGGAUCAUAACAUGGAUUUGUUGAAGACUAGAUUUGGAAGUUGAAGUUGAAAUCUUAGUUACUUGUUAUGGAUUUGGAGCGUUGAUGGUUUUGUGCACAACUUUAGUACACAUUGGUUCUAGAGUUGAGUAGUGGGCUGAAAUUUGAGUAGCAAUAUGAACAAAUCCUUUAAACUCUCUAUCCCUUGUAGUUGCAGUAAGCGAAUUUAUGGAGCAUUUCUCACUACUCAAUCACAGCCACUAUUAACCACUCCUGUCCCAACACAAGAAAACAUCACCCGUUUAAUUUUGGAACAAAAAACUGCAAAUCAAGCUCUUCAAACCUUUAGAUGGGCCUCUAACAUUAGCAAUUUCACUCACAAUCACUCUACCUACAGAGCUAUAAUCCACAAGCUCUGCAAUUUUCGGCGUUUUGAUUGUGUCCACCACCUGCUCAACGAAAUGCCUAGCUCAAUUGGGUCAACCCCAGAUGAGGAUAUCUUUGUUACCAUUGUACGUGGUCUUGGUCGUGCUGGAAUGAUUAAACAAGUCAUUAAAAUUCCUGAAUUGGUGUCCAAGUUUGAAAAGAAACCGACCCUGAAGCUCUAUAAUUCGAUUCUUGAUGUUCUUGUAAAGGAAGAUAUAGACAUUGCUAGAGCGUUUUACAGGAUUAAAAUGAUGGGAAAUGGUAUUCAGGGGGAUCAUUAUACUUAUGGGAUUUUGAUGAAAGGACUUUGCUUGACUAAUAGGAUUGGUGAUGGGUUUAAGCUUCUUCAAGUGAUGAAAACUCGUGGCAUUACGCCAAAUACUGUGAUUUACAAUACAGUUAUACAUGCACUCUGCAAGAAUGGAAAGGUAGGGAGAGCAAGGAGUUUGAUGAGAGAUUUGGUUGAACCAAGUGACGUGACUUUUAACAUUUUGAUAUCUGCAUAUUGUGGAGAGGGUAGUUUAGUACAGGCUUUGGUGAUGCUGGAAAAGAGCUUUAGUAAAGGGUAUAUUCCUGAUGUUAUUACAGUGACUAAAGUUGUGGGUCUUCUUUGUAACAACGGACGUGUUUCAGAGGCAGUGGAAUUACUAGAAAGAGUUGAGGAAAGAGGAGGUAUUGUUGAUGCUGUGGCUUAUAACACGUUGAUUAAUGGGUUUUGUAGAUUAGGGAAAGUGAAAGUUGGCUGUCGUCUUUUGAAGGAGAUGGAGUUGAAAGGGUGCAUGCCAAAUGCAGAUACCUAUAAUGGCUUGAUAUCUGGGCUUUGUGAAUCCAAGAUGUUGGAUUUGGCACUUGAAAUGUUAAAUGAAAUGAAGAGGGUUGGGAUAAAUUGGAAUUUUGUCACGUACGAUACUCUUAUCCAUGGGUUGUGUUCGGGUGGGAGAGUGGAAAAUGGAUUAAAGAUUUUGGAAGUAAUGAAAGAUGAUAAAGGGGUUUCAACAGUUCAUAUUAGUCCGUAUAAUAAUGUUAUAUAUGGGUUUUACAAGGAAAAUCGUUUGGAAGAAGCACUUGUAUUUCUAAGGAAGAUGGAAAAUUUGUUUCCACGAGCUGUGAAUAGGAGUGUGAGAAUACUUGGUUUCUGUGAAAAUGGCAACAUUGAUGAAGCAAGGAAGGUCUAUGAUCAGAUGGUCAAGGAGGGUGUUAUGCCAAGUGCUCUUGUUUAUGCAAACUUAGUUAGUGGAUAUUGUAGCAAAGAAUGUAUAAAAGGAGCAUUUGAUCUGAUGAACGAGAUGAUUGAACGUGGUUAUCUUCCAGUUGCAUCCACAUUAAAUGAUGUGAUAAUUUUGCUUUGCAAGCAGGGUAAAGUUGGAAAGGCGUCUAAGUUGAUGGAGAACAUUAAAGGUAGAGGCUGCUUGCUGGACUCUGGAAGUUACGGUCCGUUCAUUGAUGUCUUCUGUAGUAGAGGAGAUUUCCACAAAGCGUAUAUGUUCUUUCUGCAAAUGGUAGAAAAGAGUAUAGUUCCUGAUUACCAUUCAUGGAAUAUGUUACUUGUGUGCCUUUGUCAACAAACAACUUGGAUAGAAGGCAAUAACAAGACUUGCCGUUUAACUAGCCAAUUGCAGGCCAUAAUACAAACAUGAUCAGCCACUAGCUAUGGGCUCUUUGACAUCCGUUGUGACCUUUACUAAUCUUUGGUUCUUUCUGAGGCAAGAUUGGUUGAACCAAAUGCAUUUCAAUCUUCAAAAUUGUAGUGUAAGAUUACCAAUUAAUUUUAGAUGAGGCUCUCUCUGGAGACUUAUCCUCAUCCUCUGAUGGGAAGGAUAAAACGUCUACUUACUGUUGGGGUAUCUGGACUUGCUGAUUAGUUAUGCCUGUGUCUCCAUCAUACUACACAACUACAGUUCACCAAAUACAGUCUAGAAAACCUCCAUAGAUAUAUUUUUAUCUAAUGAUAUUCUUUAAUUGUAAAUAUAUGGAAUUUAUUAAAUUAUUCUUAGCAAUUAACAGUAAUAUUAUCUGC